AUGGAUUCUAAGGCCGCGGGUAAGAAGAGACUCCUCCAACUCAAUGAGUUGGAUGAGCUUAGAUUGUCGGCAUAUGAUAGUGCGCGGAUCUACAAGGAGAAGACCAAGAAGUGGCAUGAUAAGAGGAUCUUACCAAGAGAGUUUUCACCGGGCGAUAAGGUUCUUCUCUUUCAUUCUAGAUUGAAGAUUUUCCCAGGAAAGUUGAAUUCUAGAUGGUCUGGUCCCUUCACUGUCACAAAGGUGAACAAAUUUGGUUCGGUAGAGUUGGUGAAUGACAAAGGUGAAGAAUUCAAGGUGAAUGGCCAAAGGUUGAAAGUGUACCAUGAAGGUGCUACCAUUAGAGAUGUGGAGGAGACUCUCCUAACUCCACUUCCAACAUGA